AUGGAGGGCGGUGUAUGUGGCAGCGUUCUGAUUGGCUGCUACUGUGGUAGUGCCAGUUCCACAGUGGAAAACUCCCCAUCGGAGGAAGGGGCCCAGGAAGAGGCUCGUGGCCUCAACUUGGAAGGCAACCAGAGCGGGUCAGACUCCGUCUGCACCGAAGAGCUGGCUGCCAUGUUUCAGGCCGGGAUGGUCGAUCUGCGGCUGAAUUCCGAGAGCGAGGGAGAAGAGGAUGCCGUUCCACAACAUCCAAGAACUCAAGCUUUGGCCAAAGAAUGGGGCCAGGCCGCCUGGAGUCCCUCUGCCAAAGAGUCUCCGUCCCGGCGUAGAACGGGGAGCCUGUCGUCUCUUGGAGACAAGAUCUCCUCACUUAGCCAAAUGGAUGCCAACGAGGCCACCAUGGAGGUCUUUGGGCACCACCCGCCAUGCAAAAAGGGCCACCAGCCCUUGGAUUUGGGAGAAUGGGAUAAUUUGCCUGCAAACAAUGGGGAAAAGGCCUCAAGGCAGGGAAGUCAAAGUUUUGAGGUCUUGUCGGAGUGGGUUCAGGCCCUGCAUGAAAAUCCAAGCAGGCCAUUCCUUGUGGGGGAUUUGGACCAUUUGGAAAUGGAUGCUCCACCUAUCAGGAAGCCCAUGUCUGAUGGUUACUUUUCUGCAAGGGCAGCGCAACUCUGUUCUCUUGAAAUGGGGCAUGCUAGUUGUCUAGCUGCCCACUCGAGGUUUCAGAAUGGGCAUUGGGCACCUUCGGGGGAUGAGGGCCGAGGGGGGUUGCUUCUGCCUGGGGGAUGUUCUCCUUCGGAAAAUGACAGGACUGACAGGAGGCCAGUGUUGUCAAGGGAGAAAUGGAACACGGGCGGAAUGGACCUUGCUGGGGCAUCACAGAAGUCUUUAGUCUUCACUGGCAGUGGGCACAUGGGUGCUCUGUGCCCAGAAGGAUGUAGGGAAGCUCUGGUCCCAACAAAGUAUGCCAGUGUGGAACUUAGGGGACGUGGGGACCAGCCUGAGCUGACCAAGGGACACAGGCAAUGCCCUGAAUGCCAGCUUCACCAAACCGGAGGGUCGGACUUGCAGUUGCAGCUGAAGACAGCCUGUGGGAUGAUGUCGCACAAAGAGGUCCCUUUGCUCCACCAAGCAUCCCAAUUGGCAUCAGAGAGAGACCACAAGGUCUUGGAGGACCACGUUCAGCAGCUGGAGGCUCAAGUCUCCUCCUUGAAGCUCCAGCUGAGGAAUUCCAAAGUUGAGCUGGCCACCCUGAAGGAAAUGGCCGGCAAGGUCAAGCAUAUCCAGGAGGCCAUCGUGCUGGAAAGGGAGGAGGAGCUGUCACGACUGCGAGAGAUUGUGGAGGCCUUGGGGGUCAAAAGCGAGGCCCGGAGUCGGGCCAUGGCGAGGCUGGAAGAGGAGAAGGCACGCCAAGUGGAGGCCCUGCGGCAAGAGGCCCAGCGGGAGAAGGAGAAAGACUUGCACCGGGUGCGGGAAGAGCUGCGGCGGGAGAAGCAAGAGGCGCUGCAGGAGUUGGCAGAGAAAAUGGAGCAGGCCAGCGCCAGGGCCCUUUGGGAGCAAGCAGCCCGUUUCCGAUUGGACGCUGAGGACCUCCGCAAGGCCAUUGCAGAACGAGACGCUCGACUUCUCCGCCAAGAGGAUGCCCAGCGGCAGAAGGCAAAGGCUUCAAAGCAAGAGGCCGAGGAGAUGGUGCAGAAGGCCCUCAUUUGGGAGCGGGAGAGGUGGGAGGCCGAUUCCAGGGCCACUCUCUGGGCUUUGCGGGAGCAGAAUCAGAAAGCGCUGCUCUGUCUCCAGGAGGGCUUGGAGGAAGAGCGGAGGGCCAAGUGGGCUCUGCGGGAAUCAGCGGGCAGACCCCGUGCCGUCAGCAUCCCUGGCAGAGAAGGGGCAGACCCUCCCAUGCCAAGGGCAUUGUGGCCCCUUGAGGAGCACCUGAAUUGGAAGGCACAGCUGGCCCUUGAGUUCAAGGAAGAGCUCAAUGCUGAGAUGGAGAAGCGCCGGUCCAGGGACAAACCGGCGGUUUGUCAGGUAGGCACAUCUCGUAAGGAGAGGGAGAUGCCACCAUCUGAAAUGCACCUGGACUCAGUGAGUGCCUUCCACUCCCCAUGUCUCAGUGCCAUGUUGUCAAGCCAGUGCCCCUUUGCCUCCCCCGAUCUGCUGGGGCGCUUGCGGAGCCACAUCAGUGAGCGGUGGGCAAAGAACGCGGCUUGCUGCUGUGCCUGCCGGAAGACACUCGGCAGCUUCCAAGACGAUCGAGGCAAGAGCUGUGCCAGCCAGGGACCCUCGGCUGCGGGCCCUUCCUCAUAGGGAUCCCAUGGAGAAGGGGUGCCCCUGCUAUGCAUGCCAGCACUCCAUGCCCGUGAGUUCUGAACCCAGAGGGAGUAGAGUGCUGCAAUGAAGCCACUUUGGCCUUGACUUUGGACCUGUGGCACUUCUGGACCCAUUGCUCAUCCAUGUUGUGUUUGUAUCCUUGCUGCCGCUUUUCGCUCUUGCAUUUCAUGUUGUGUCUUUUUUUUUUAAUGCUUUGGAAGCGGCAUCUUUCGGAAAUAAAUGAAAUCAUAAAGGCUGGG